CCGGCUCCGGCGUGCGGCUCCAACCAACAGAUUUCAUAUAUAAAUGUACGUGUGUGUAUGUUACGUCAUAUUUUUAUGAAGAUGAUUAAAGGUGCGGUGUGCACAGCACGGCAAAAGCAAAGCACGGCACAGGCUGGACAUCGAGCCGAGGCAGCUUUUCAGCAUUUUAUUUUCCCCUCCUUGGAGCACUCGUACCUGGCCGUGGCUGAUGAUGAUGAUGGCACAACCUGCGCCCCUCUUUCUCUCUCUCUCUUUUCAUACCCACCGGCCGGGGACCUGAACGCACGGCCGCGAUCAGCUCGCGCUUAUUCUCUCGCCCAAAUGCCAUUGUUCUGCUGUGUGUACUUUCAGCGAGGCUCAUUUCAAUAAUUUGAUUGCGCUCGACUGGUGACAAAAUUAUGAUUGAUGACGAGCAACACGUGUUUUGUGUGUUUUUGUGACAUGUCCCACGCGCCCGCUGAAGACUGAACAAAUAGCGGAUUUAUAAUCUCGUCAGGGUGAUCACUCCGCCGCCGCAAAAGCAGAAAGAAUGCUCGAGGAGGAAAAAAAGAGCGGGGAAAUGCCGGAGCCGGUGCUGCCGGCCGCGUCGUCAUCGCUGACUGACGAGACGGUCGAGCAGUCGCUCGGGCUGAUGGAGCCGGCCUCGCAGAAGGAGAUGGCCGCCGCGGCCGCCAGCGACAGCCUGCAGGCGUCUCAGUUCAACGCGGCGGCCGCCGUCAUCGCCCUGCAGAACGUGCUCAAUUUGCAGACGGCGGCGGCGGCGAUGAUGCAGCAGCACCAGCGCAACGGCUCCUUCCAGCAGACGCUCGAGUCCUUCCUGGCGCUGCAGCGGCUGCAGCAGGCCAUGUCGGCGGCGCCGGAGGCGGCCACCGACCCGGCCGCCGACCUCACCGAGCCCGAUGACCUCAUCCUGAACAACAACAACCUGCCCCUGUACCCGCUGCUGAUGAACGUGCUGCUGCAGCAGCAGCAGAACCUGCUGGCCUCGGCCGGCGGCGUCGAGCCCGCGGGGGCGCCACCCUCACUCGACGCCACCCCCGCCCUGCUGGAGAAGGAGCCCACCAAGCCCGCCCGGCCCAAGAAGCAGUUCAUCUGCAAGUUCUGCAACCGGCAAUUCACCAAGAGCUACAACCUGCUCAUCCACGAGCGCACGCACACCGACGAGCGGCCCUAUUCCUGCGACAUCUGCGGAAAGGCCUUCCGCAGGCAGGACCACCUCAGGGACCACAGGUACAUUCACUCGAAAGAAAAGCCGUUCAGGUGUUCGCAAUGCGGCAAAGGCUUCUGCCAGGCGCGCACCCUGGCCGUGCACCGCAUCCUGCACCAGGAGAGCGCACCGCACCGGUGCCCCGUGUGCGCCCGCGCCUUCAACCAGCGCUCCAACCUGAAAACCCACCUGCUCACCCACACGGACAUCAAACCCUACAGCUGCAACCACUGUGGAAAAGUGUUCCGCCGAAACUGCGAUUUGCGGAGACACAGUCUGACGCACAACUUGUCCGGUCAGCAGAUCGGAUUCGUUGGUUCACCGCCGAAGUCUUCGGACGGACCUUCGUCAGGUCCUGCCUUCAGCAUAGAGGCCAUCAUGAAGCAGGCGGCUGCCAAAUGACUUGUUUCAGCUCGCAGAGUGCUCCGGUUUCAUGAUGCAUCGCAAAUGCUGCCUGCUGCCGGCUGACGCGCGAGUGUGAUUUGUUUGUUUUGCGGUUCAAUGUGGAGCAUUUGACUCAAUCCGCGUAUGUGCUGAGAGUGUAAAUAUAUGUCGAGUUGGAAUCUCACUUUUGUACGACGAGUGAAUGACGAAGCGAUAAUGAGGUCAGAAUUUGUUAUGAAAAAUGUGUUUGAGAGGGGCGCGGUGCGGUGUUUUCCAAAGGUUAAAGAUCAAUGAAUGAGAAGCCCAACCCAAUUUACACGUAAAAUUCGGUGUUUUAUGGCCGAAGGAUGAUAAAUGUAAAUGAGUAUUGGAAAUAAAAAUUUUAAAUAUGAGAGAGUCCUACGCAAAUACGGACGCAACACGGAAAACUGGUCGUCGCUGCCGCUGAACAGCUCAUUUAAAUCAUAUAUACUUGCAUGUGUGAUCAAAUUACAAUGGAGAUUAAAAGCUCGCCUAGUGUUCGUGAGGAAGACAACGUGAAGAAUUGUAAAUCGGUUGUCUACUAAUUUAUUAGAACCCAUAUUUGGCUUGUGUACUUUUAUUUUAAAGCUGGGGACGCAAAUUUUCGCUUUGUGUUUUUCUCCAGCGCCGUUUACUUGUGUAACUUUGUACAAAGAGUCCUAUUGUGAAAUUCGAGCGGUUUGGUAUUUUGUGUGAGGUGAACUGUCAGCCAGCCGCGCGGCGUGCAAUGUGUGCGCGCUCUUUUCACGCCUCACUCGACAAACCGCGCCGCUUUAUAAUGUGCGAGAUGUUAAAAGGUGUGAAUGUUUAUUAUUGCGAAAUAAUAAAUACACGCUCCGACAA